GUAAGGGCAAAGGGAACCAAAGAUGUGACCUGUCACAGUGCUGGCUCAAUAUGGUUGUUACAAAAUUAGUGCAGUUGUCUGGGAUGAUGUUGACAGGCUGAUACAAAUCUUACACACUGUAUGAACAUUUGCAUGUUUGUACUUAAGGACAGAUGACAUAUUGGUAGCAAGCAUGUUUUUUUAUCAUUACAAACAUAUAAGUCUGUGAAAUAACAAAAUAGUCAUAUAGACAAACAUUGCUGGAUACUUUUUAUGGAUACUAGUUAACUUUGUAACUCUUCAUCUCCAAUAAAACAGCAAAAUUAAAGAUCAAAGACUGCAAAGUGCAGUCAGAUUUCAGCUGUGAUAUAAUCCUGUGAUAAAAUGCCAAAGUAUAUCAAUAUGUGUUAAUAGAAGUUCAGCUGCUUCUUUUUUGUAUUUUGAAAACAAUUUGUUUGCUUUAAUUAUAUACAUCAGAUUGCAAGUAUACAUCGUUAAAUAUGAAAUUAUCAAAACGAUUUGCAAAGUUUUUAAAACUCUGUAUCAUUGUGUGUGUAUGUGGAAGCAUCCUAUUUGGAAUAGUUCUGAUAAACAAAGCUGAUGAUUUUCAUGACAUUACAAACAUUGAAAGGAGCAAAUCUUUCAAACGUUAUGACGGAAAUCUCCAUGUGCAGCUAAAUCCACGCCAUAUUUUACCAGCCUUUGUACAGCGUUUAAGACCAGUGAACUCAACUGUAAAAACUUUCUUAAACCAGUCGCAAAUUUCAAAGGUAAACUUAUCAUCAUAUUUUAGAGAUGAUUUGAAAAUCACACCUGCUAAACAAAGGAAGAAUAUGCUGUCAAAUGUUAAUGCUUCAAAAGAAAUUUUACAAUUGAGGGAGACAGUUGAGCCCCCCAGUUAUGAUGUACAUGCAUUUUAUUACCCUUGGUAUGGCACCCCUGAACUUGAUGGACAGUAUUUUCAUUGGAGCCAUCCAUACAUACGCCACUGGAAUGCAAAAGAAGCUCAGAAAUGGCCGAAUUACACCCAUAAACCUCCCGAUGAUAUUGGAUCCAACUUCUAUCCAUUGCUAGGAGCAUACAGUUCAAGAGAUACUGAAAUCAUAGAUGUUCACAUGCAGAUGAUGAGAUAUGCAAGAAUUGGGGUAGUUGUGGUGUCUUGGUACCCACCUGGUGAUGCUGAUAAUGAGGGAAGGGAACCAGACUCUGUUAUGCCACUUAUUCUUGAGGGAGCUGCAAAAUAUGAUUUAAAGGUUGCUAUACAUAUAGAACCAUACAGGGGAAGGAAUCAUGUAACAUUGAGGAAAAAUCUAGAAUACAUUUUAGAAAAAUAUGGCAAGCACCCGGCAUUCUAUCGAACAAGUUUUAAGGGGAAAAGAAAUGUACCACUGAUAUACAUUUAUGAUUCAUAUCUUGUUGAUAGUAAAGACUGGGCAACAAUUUUAACAUCCAAUGGCAGAGGGAGUAUUCGCAACACAGAACUUGAUUGCAUAUUUAUUGGUCUUCUUGUUGAAUCGGCACAUAAGGAACAUGUUCUGAAGUCGGGUUUUGAUGGAUUUUAUACAUAUUUUGCAACAAACAGAUUUACAUAUGGAAGUACAUGGAAAACAUGGCCACAUCUGGCACAACUUGCACAAUCUAAAGGAUUACUUUUUAUUCCAAGUGUUGGACCUGGCUACAUAGACACAGAGGUAAGACCAUGGAAUGGAGCCAACACUCGUAAAAGACUUGAUGGAAAGUAUUACAACGAGGCUUUUGCGAGUGCCUUGAGUGUAAAACCAAGUAUGGUCUCAAUUACCUCAUUCAAUGAAUGGCAUGAGGGUACUCAAAUAGAGCCUGCAGUGAGCAAAAAGAUUAAAAUGAGGAGGUAUGAAGAUUAUGGAAGCAAAGGGCCAAAUUUUUAUUUAGACCUGACAAAAGCAUGGGUUGAUAAAAUUAUGCAUAGAUAGAAAUUGGUUAUGAAAAUUGACUCAGAUGUUACAUGUAUGCACUUUUCUUAAGAUAUAAUCUCUAUUUAAUCAAAAUAUGUGACAAUUUUUAGCUCAACUUUUCAUAGAAUAGUAGAGCUAUUGGACUCGCCGGUGCGUCCGCGUCCCGAUUUGGUUAAGCUUUUGUAUGUAAGCUGGUAUCUCAGUAACCACUCAUGGGAAUGGAUUUAAACUUCACACACUUAUUCACUGUGAUAAACUGACUUACACUGCACAGGUUCCAUAACUCUAUUUUCCUUUUUUACAAAAUUAUACCCCUUUUUCGAAUUUUUGGUUGAGGUUUUGUAUGUAAGCUGGUAUCUCAGUAAGCACUAGUGGGAAUGGAUUGAAACUUCACACACUUAUUCACUGUGAUAAAUGGACUUACAUUGCAAAGGUUCCAUAACUCUAUUUUGCUUUUUUACAAAAUUGUGCCCCUUUUUCGACUGAGAAAUUUUUGGUUAAGGUUUUGUAUGUAAGCUGGUAUCUAAGUACUUACUAAUGGGAAUGGAUUGAAACUUCACAUACUUGUUCACUGUCAUGAUCUGACAUGCACUAAGCAAGUCCCAUAACUCUACUUUUUUUCAAAAUUAUGCCCCUUUUUUGACUUAGAAAUUUUUGGUUAAGUUUUUAGCUCACCUGAGCACUGCUCAUCGCUCGAUGUCUGUCGUCUGUCUGUCUGUCUGUCGUCUGUCAUCUGUCAACAUUUAGCUUGUGUAUGCGAUAGAGGCUGUAUUUUUCAACUGAUCUUCAUGAAUUUUGGUCAGAAUGAUUACCUUAAUGGAAUCUAGGCUGAGUUCGAAAAUGGGUCAUCUUGGGUCAAAAACUAGGUCACGAGGUCAAAUCAAAGAAAAACCUUAUGUAUGCGAUAGAGGCUGUAUUUUUCAAUUAAUCUUCAUGAAUUUUGGUCAGAAUGAAUGCCUUCAUGAAAUCUAGGCCAAGUUCAAAUAUGGGUCAUCUGGGUUCAAAAAGUAGGUCACUAGGUCAAAUCAAAGGAAAAGCUUGUAUAUGCGAUAGAGGCUGUAUUUUUCAAUUGAUCUUCAUGAAAUUUGGUCAGAAUGAUUGCAUUGAUGAAAUCUAGGUCAAGUUUGAAUAUGGGUUUUCUUGGGUCAAAAAGUAGGUCACUAGGUCAAAUCAAAGAAAAACCUUGUGUAUGCAAUAGAGGCUGUAUUUUUCAAUUGAUCUUCAUGAAAUUUGGUCAGAAUGAUUGCAUUGAUGAAAUCUAGGUCAAGUUUGAAUAUGGGUCAUCUGGGGUCAAAAAUUAGGUCACUAGGUCAAAUCAAAGAAAAACCUUGUGUAUGUGAUAGAGGCUAUAUUUUUCAACUGAUCUUCAUGAAAUUUGGUCAAAAUGAUUGCCUUGAUAAAAUCUACGUUGAGUUUGAUUACGGGUCAUCUGGGGUCAGAAAGUAGGUCACUAGGUCAAAUCAAAGAAAAACCUUGUGUAUGCGAUAGAGGCUGUAUUUUUCAACUGAUCUUCAUGAAAUUUUGUCAGAAUGAUAGCCUUGAUGAAAUCUAGGUCAAGUUCGAAUAUGGGUCAGCUGGGUUCAAAAACUAGGUCACUAGGUCAAAUCAAGGAAAAACCUUGUGUAUGCAAUAGGGGCUGCAUUUUACACUGGAUUUCAUAUUUGGUCAGAAUGGUUGCCUUGAUGAAAUCUAGGCCAAGUUCGAAUAUUGGUAGUUUGGGGUCAAAAACUAGGUCACUAGGUCAAAUCAAAGAAAAUACUUAUUUAUACUCAAGAUUUUUUGCUCCAAUUUUAAUGAUAAUUGGUCAGAAUAUUUUUUUUCCAUGAAGUCACUAGGUCAAACAUGUUUACACUGUUAUGGUGUGUUAUGGUGUGUUUCUCAGGUGAGCGACCUAGGGCUAUCUUGGCCCUCGUGUUGUAUGUAAGCUGGUAUCUCUGUAUCCACUAAUUCGAAAGGAUUGAAACUUCGCACACUUGUUCACUGUCAUGAUAUGACAUGCAGUGCAGAGGUGCAAUAACUCUACUUUGCAUUUUACAAUAGUAUGCCCCUUUUUCAACUUUUGUAUUCAUUCAAUUGACAAGGCUGUUGAAUAGUCGAGCGUUGCUGUCCUCCGACAGCUCUUGUUUUAUCUUUUGUUAAUAUUGAUUGUAUUAGUACAAUAUCAUUUUAAUUGAGAAUUGUUUGGUGGCAGAUGUAUAGUAAUGUUUUCAAGAAUAGACCUCGCCCAACUGUUGAAGAUAAGGGUUAAGGUGAGCAUGCUGACAAUACUGGUAGUUUAGAGUGUCAAUUCUUAACAUAAAUUUGCAACCGAAAAAUUUAAAGUUCUGCAUGACUGAUAGACUAUAGUCAUUUAUUCAAAUAACUUGGCUUGACCUCUCAGGUGUUGCCAGAGCUAAAAAGGAUUUAUGUAUAAACAACUUCAUAGCGUGAACUCCAUGAUAGAUCUUCACCAAACUUGAUUUGUAACAUCCAUGUAUGGACCUCUCUUCAACAUAGCCCCUAUGCCAAAGCAAAAAGUAGAAUACCUUUUCACAACUUCUGCUUAUAAACAGCUUGGUUUACUUCUCAGUUUUGUUCAAAUAGUUCCAUAUAGCCACGGGCUGCCAAAGUUAAAAGCAGAAUUAACUCUCAUGGACAGCAAUAUUUACUGUAACCAAACCUUAAAUUUAUUCAAACAGCCCUUUUUAUAGGCUACCAAAACUGAACUAAAAUUAGCUUUUAACAAUACCUUCACAUCAACAGCUUCAUUUACCUUAACCAGAUUUGAUCUGUAGCAUCUUUUUGGCCUCACAGUUUUGUUCAGAUAGUUCCAUGUAGCCCAUUUAAGGGCUUCCAAAGCUUAAAGUAGAAUUACCUUUUAAAAUCAACUUCAUCUCAUGAAGGGAAGGCUUCUUUGAUAUUCAUCAAAUUUGGUCUGUAUGUCUGUAUGGAUAUCAUGGAAAUUUAUUUAGCUCACCUGAGCAAAGUGCUCAGGUUGAGCUAUUUUGAUCCCUCACCGUCCGGCAUUUGUCCGUCUGGUGUCCUUUCACACUUUCCUUUAAACAACAUCUCCUAAAUCACAAGGCCAAUUAUUAUGAAACUUCAUAGGGGUGUUCCUUCUUGGAUGGUCUUCUGUAAAAAUUAUUCAACAAAUUGAAUUCCAUACAGAACUUUGGUUGCCAUGGCAGCCGAAAGGAAAAUCUUUAAAAAGCUUCUUGUCCAAAACUGCAGGUCAUAGGGGUCACAUGAUUUAUAAAGACUUAUAUAAGGAAACACUUUGCAAAUCUUCUUGUCCAAAACCACAGGGCCUAGGGCUUUAAUACUUGAUUUGUAGUAUCAUCUUUUGGUCCUCUAUGAAAAUUAUUUUAAUUAUCCCCCUGGGGUCAAAUAUGGCCCUGCCCUAGAGAGUAAAGGGCUUAAAUAGACUUGUACAGGGGAAAACCUUUAAAAAGAUUCUUUUCUUAAACCAUAAGGCCCAAGAGCUUAGAUAUUUAGAAUGUGUUAUGGUCUAGUGGUUCUCUAUCAAGAUUGUUCAAAAAAUGGCCCUGGGGGUCAAUAUAGGCCAUGCCCGGGUGGCCCCUUGUUUUAUGUAGACUAAUAUUUGCUUUUGAAGCAGUGGCUAAGAAAUUUGGAUCACAAACAUAAUGUUUGAUACAGAUUUCAAUAUUCAUCUUGAAUUCAAUUGUCUUAAUCUUGACCUACUUACCUACUUUCUUGUUUUUGAAGAUACAGCAGAGAAAUUUGGACUAGUUUAUAUCUUUUGAUACUCAGAUUUCAAUACUCAUCUUUAAUAUUCAUAACCCUGAGCUACUGACCUACUUUCUUGUUUUUGAAGCUAAGCAAAGAAUUUUGGACCACCAGUUUAAUUUCUAAACAGAUUUCAGUAGGUUUUUUUUUAAUAAUCUUUACCAUGACCUACUCAUCUAGUUUUUGUUAGUGAACUUUAAGCAAAGAACUUUGUUUAAGCAAGCAUCUAAACUCAGGUGAGCGAUAUAGGGCCAUCAUGGCUCUCUUGUUGCUUCAAAUAGUUUUUGUUUGACCUAUUUUUGUGAAAUGUGUACAUUAAAGGUUCUGUUAUUUUUAUACGCCUGUUUGAAAAACGGGACGUAUUAUGGGAAUGCCACUGGCGGGCGGGUGGGCGGCGUCCACAGACUUUGUCCAGAGCAUAAUCUUCUUCAUGCAUGGAGGGAUUUUGAUGAAACUUUCAGGCUUUCAAUUGUUCACCAUCAUGAGAUGGAGUGUCAUGCACAAGAACCAGGUCCCUAGGUCUAAGGUCAAGGUCACACUUAGAGGUAAAAGGUCAAAUUCAAGAAUGACUGUCUGGAGCAUAUCUUCUUCAUGCAUGGAGGGGUCAAAGGAUACAAGAAUGAAAACUUUGUCCAGAGCGUAUCUUCUUCAUGCAUGGAGGGAUUUUGAUAUAACUUGGCACAAAUGUUCACCACCACGAGUCUGAGUGUCAUGCGUGAGAACCAGGUCCCUAGGUCUAAGGUCAAGGUCACACUUAAGAGGCCACAGGUCAGAUACAAGAAUGACUUUGUCUGGAGCAUAUCUUCUUCAUACAUGGAGGGAUUUUGAUGUAACUUGGCACAGUAGUACACCAUCAUGAGACGGAGUCUCAUGCGCAGGUCCCUUCUUUAGAAUUACUUUCCUUUGUUGUUACUAUAAAUAGCUUAUAUUGUAACUUUUUCAUUACUAGUUGUAGGGAAAAAUCAAGACUACUUUCCUGUAGUACAACAUGCAUGUAACAUCCAAUUUUGAGGUGUAUUUUGACCUAUCUCUACCUGGUAACGAUUUUUGUGUGGACUUAGAAUUUUUUUUUGGAUUUAUUAAGAUUAACUUUUCUUAGUUGUUACUAAAAAUAACUUAUAUUGUAACUUUUUUAUAAUUGACCAUAGGGAAAAACCAAGACCACUUUUCUGUGGUACAACAUAAAUGCUACUUUCAAAUUUUAGGUGUAUUUUAAGGUAUCUCUACUUGGUAAUAAGUUUUUGUGGACUUAAAAAAACAGAAGAAUUACAAUAAUUACUAAACAACCACAAAAUUAAAAUUCCAUUUGCAAAUACAGGUGCUACUGUAAAGAAAUUUGCUGUAACAGGCGUAUAUUGUGACAUUCUGGCACUCUUGUUUCAUUAUGAUAAAUCAUAUAUCACAUCUCAUACAGAAAUACUGUCAGUUCUUAAGAAUCCAUGAGAUAUAAUUUUAGCUUUUACAGUGAAUCAUUUAUCUCCAUGGGUUUGGCAUUUUGUGGUGUUGGUCAAAAUAUUUAUACAUGCUUAUACACAACAUGUUUAACUGUAACAUCUACAUGAAGGGCAUAUAGUGUGACAUUCUGACCUACAUGAAGGGCGUAUAGUGUGACAGUCUGACCUACAUGAAGGGCGUAUAGUGUGACAGUCUGACCUACAUGAAGGGCGUAUAGUGUGACAUUCUGACCUACAUGAAGGGCAUAUAGUGUGACAUUUUGACCUACAUAAAGGGCGUAGAGUGUGACAUUCUGACACUCUUGUUCACCAUAUCUCUGUUGUUACAUAAUGGAUUUGAUUCAUAGUUAAAAUGGUUGUUCCACAUUGUAUGAUAUAAGGUCUGUAACUCUGGUACCAGUAUUUUAUGAAUUAUGUCCCCUUGUUUACUUAGAACUCAAGUAAAAGUUGAAAUCCACUUAUUGUCUGUCUUCAGUUAUUAUUAAGUGGGUUUGCUUCCAUUUUGAAAUAGUUGUUUUACAUUUUUAUAUAUGCUGCAUUACUCAUGCAGAAAUACAGUAUUCCUUGUGUGAUGUCCCAUUUUUACUUUGUUAAUGUUUUGAUACACUUUUAAGUUAAAAGGUUAAGUGUUUUAACCUGUCUUUGUUAUUACCAAAUACAUUUUUGACACAUGUAUACACAGAUUUGUCCAAUAUCUCAUUCGCCUUAGAGUCAUUAAGGUAUAUGAUCCACAAAUAAGCAAGUUCUUUAUAACAUUGCUAUUAAAAUAUAUCAAAUAUUGAUGCCAGGUAAGCUCAUAUAAUUUUUGUAUCAUUUGAAAGUGUUUUGUCUACUGAAAAAGAAAAUAUUAAUUACAUGACAAUAAUAUGUUAUACGCCCUUCACCAUCACGAGACGGAUGUUCUUCAAUGAUACUUCAACAGAAAACCUGUUAUUACUGUAUCAGUGUAAGAUUUAUCAUUUUACAGUAAAAAAAAAUGACUGUAAUGAUUCUUGUGUAUUAAUUAUAGUCAUCUUAUUUACUAAUUCUCGUUCAGCAGAGACAACUCUUUCAAAGGAUGAAAAAAAAACAUGGGGUCACCAGGCAUGGAAUUGUAACCUAUUUGUGGAUCGUAUACCUGAAACACUGCAGUGAUAGCUCCAGCUUCCUCAGACGUACCUUCUUUUUCACUCUCCAGCAUUGAGAUAAUGAUAAUCAAGUGUGACUCCUGUGACAGCUUUUGUCUAGAAUAUAUAUAUAUAGCAUCUGUAUGAAUUUAUUUAUUAUUGCAUUUUACUGUACAAUUUUGCAUGUAAUAUAUAAUAUCUAUAGAUUUCAAAUUUUUAGAGAUCUGACUAUAACAUUGUGUUAAUUAUAAAAAAGACACACUAUGAGAAAUUCUACCAUUUAUAUGGUGCGUAAAAAAAAUAGUUCCUAUAGCUUUUAGGGGCAUAUUUUUUAUAGGUAAUUAUGUUUCCGAAACAUAGUAGGGGAGACUAUUGAUUUAGUGCUGCCCUUCUGUCUUUAUGUCACAAAAUUCAUCCACACAAAUCUUCUGAAACCACUGGGCUGAGUUACACCAAAGUUCUCAAGAGUGAUCAUUACCAACCUAGUUGUACAUAUCAUUUGCAUUUUCUGGUUCAGUGAUUUUCAGUUGAGUUAUGACACUUGUUUCAUCAGAUUUUAUAAUGUGUCAGCCACUUCUCUUAUAUUAUUUGGCGAUUUCCACCAAACCUUAGAAAGUGAUCAGUGCUAAGCAUCAUUGUGCAUAUUUCUGGUUUAGUGAUUCUCAGUGGAGUUAUGGCCUUUGAUUUGUCAUAUUUUACCCUUUGUGCAUAACUACUAUGAUACCACUAGGAGGAAGCCCGCCCGCUUAGCUCAGUAGGUAAGAGCGUUGGUCUACGGAUCGCGGGGUCGUGAGUUCGAUCCUCGGGCGGGGUGUAUGUUCUCUGUGACUUUUUGAUAAACGACAUUGUGUCUGAAAUCAAUAGUCCUCCACCUCUGAUUCAUGUGGGGAAGUUGGCAGUUACUUGCGGAGAACAGGUUUGUACUGGUACAGAAUCCAGGAACACUGGUUAGGUUAACUGCCCGCCGUUACAUGACUGAAAUACUGUUGAAAAACAGCGUUAAACCCAAAACAAACAAACAAACAAAACCACUAGGAGGAAUUACAACAAACUUGACAAGAGAGAUUGUUGCUAGCCUACAUGUGGAUGUUGUCGGCAUGUUCUGCUAGCCUACAUGUGGAUGUUGUCGGCAUGUUCUGCUAGCCUACAUGUGGAUGUUGUCGGCAUGUUCUAAUAGCUUACAUGUUGAUGUUGUCAGCAUGUUCUGGUAGCCUACAUGUGGAUGUUGUUGGCAUGUUCUAAUAGCCUACAUGUGGAUGUUGUCGGCAUGUUCUAAUAGCUUACAUGUUGAUGUUGUCGGCAUAUUCUGGUAGCCUACAUGUGGAUGUUGUCGGCAUGUUCUGCUAGCCUACAUGUGGAUGUUGUCGGCAUGUUCUGCUAGCCUACAUGUGGAUGUUGUCGGCAUGUUCUGGUUCAGUGAUCUUCAGCAGGUGGUCUUUGCUUUGUUAUAUUCUACAGUGUUGAUAAUACUUGCUUAAUACCAUCAGGCUGGAUUCACCAAACCUCACUGGAUAUUAGUGUGAAGCUUUUAUAUAUGUGCUACUUCUCCUAUAGCACUGGUUGAAAUUUUACCAAACUUCACAGAAGUUACCACUGCCAAGCCUAGCUAAGUUUAUCAUUGGAAUGUUACCAUUAAGUGAUUUUUCCCUGGAGUUAUAGCCCUAAUUUUGUGGCAUUCAACAAUUUCUGCUUAGAAAGUGGUGGGAUGCAUAUGUUUUUCAUGAAAAACAAUCUCUAGUUUGACUAUGAUGAUGAGUUUUUAGCUCACCUGAGCAAUACUCAGGUGAGUUAUUGUGAUCUCUUGAUGUUCGGCAUCUGUCUGUCGUCUAUUGUCUGUCAGUCGUCUGUCAACAUUUAGCUUGUGUAUGCCAUAGAGGCUGUAUUUUUAUGUGAUCUUCAUGAAAUAUGAAGAAUGAUUGCCUUGAUGAAAUCUAGGUCAAGUUUGAAAAUGGGUCAUCUGGGUUUAAAAACUAGGUCAUUAGGUCAAAUCAAAGAAAAAACCUUGAGUAUACAAUAGGGACUGAAUUUUACACUGGGUAUUCAUAAAAUUUAGUCAGAAUGGUUGCCUUGAUGAAAUCUAGUUCAAGUUAGAAUUAUGGAUAAUCUAGGUUCAAAAAUUAGGUCACUAGGUCAAAUCAAAGAAAAACCUUGUGUAUGCAAUAGGAACUGCAUUUUACACUGGAUCUUCAUAAAAUUUUAUCACAGUGUUUGUCUGAAUGAAAUCUCGGUCAAUUUUGAAUAUGGAUCAUCUGGGAUAAAAAGCUAGGUCACCCGGUCAAAUAAAAAAACAAACCUUGCAUAUGUGAUAGAUGCUGUAUUAUUCAAUUGAUCUUCAUGAACUUUGGUCAGAGUGAUGACCCUUUUUGAAAUCUAGGUCAAAUUUGAAUAUGGAUCAUAUGGGGUAAAAAAAACUAGGUCACCUGGUCAAAUAAAAAAAAAACCUGGCAUAUGCGAUAGAGGCUGUAUUUUUCAAUUGACUUUCAUGAAAAUUGGUCAGAGUGAUGACCCUUUAUGAAAUCUAGGUCAAAUUUGCAUAUGGGUCAUCUGGGAUAAAAAAACUAGGUCACGCAGUCAAAUAAAAAAAAAACCUUGCAAAUGCAAUAGAGGCUGUAUUAUACAAUUGAGCCUGCCCGCUUAGCUCAGUAGGGAGAGCGUUGGUCUAUUGACUGCGGGGUCGCGAGUUUGAUCCUCAUUCAUCCUUCACCUCUGAUAAUUCAUGUGAGGAAGUUGGCAGUUACUUACAGAGAACAGGUUUGUACUGGUACAGAAUCCAGGAACACUGGUUAGGUUAACUGCCCGCCUUUACAUGACUGAAAUACUGUUGAAAAACGGCGUUAAACCCAAAACAAACAAAAUUAUUCAAUUGAUCUUCAUGAAAAUUGGUCAGAGUGAUGACCCUUUAUGAAAUCUAGGUCAAAUUUGAAUAUGGAUUAUAUGGGAUAAAAAAACUAAGUCACCCGGUCAAAUAAAAAGACAAACCUUGCAUAUGCCAUAGAGGUUGUAUUAUUCAAUUGAUCUUCAUGAAAAUUGGUUAGAGUGAUGACCCUUUAUGAAAUCUAGGUCAAAUUUGAAUAUGGAUCAUAUGGGGUAAAAACUAGGUCACUAGGUCAAAUAAAAGAAAAACCUUGUGUAUGUAUGCAAUAGGGACUGCAAUUUACACCCGAUCUUCAUGAAAUAUGAUCAGAAUGUUUGUCCGGAUGAAAUCUAGUUCAAGUUCAAAUAUGGAUCAUCUUGGGGCAAAAACUAGGUCAACCAGUCAAAUGAAAGAAUAACCUUGCGUAUGCAAUAGGGGCUGUAUUUUACACUGGAUAUUCAUGAAAUUUGAUCAAGGAAAACCUUGUGUAUGCAAUAGGAACUGCAUUUUACUCUUCAUGAAAUUUGAUCACAAUGUUUAUCUGGAUGAAACCUAGUUGGAGUUUGAAUAUGGGUCAUCUUGGGUCAAAAACUAGGUCACCCGUUCAAAUAAAAAAAAAAAACCCUUGUGUAUGCAAUAGUUGCUACAUUUUACGAAAUUUGAUCAAAAAGUUGUUUUGCUGAAAUCUCGGUCGAGUUUAAAUAGGGGUCAUCAGGGGUCAAAAACUAGGUCACCCGGUCAAAUCAAAUAAAAACUUUGUGACUGCAAUAGGGGCUUUGAUGAAAUCUAGGUCAAGUACAAAUAUGGGUCAUGUUGAGUCAAAAACUAGGUCACCUGGUCAAAUCAAAGAAUAACCUUGUGUAUGCAAUAGGGGCUGCAUUUUUCAGUGGAUCUUCAUGAAAUUUGAUCAGAAUGUUUUGAUGAAAUCUAGGUCGAGUUCAGGUAGGGGUCAUCUGGGGUCAAGAACUACGUCAACCAGUAAAGUCAAAGAAAAACUUGGUGAAUGCAAUAGGGACUAAAUUUUAGGCAGGAUGUUCAUGAAAUUUGAUGAAAAUGUUUGCUUUGAUGAAAUUUAGGUCAUGUUCAAAUAUGGGUCGUGGAUCAAAACUAGGUCACCUGGUCAAAUCAAAGAAUGACGUUGUGUAUGCAAUAGGAGCUGAGUUUUCAGUUGAUCGUCAUGAAAUUUGAUCAGAAUGUUUGUCUUGAUGAAAGCUAGGUCGAUUUCAAUUAUGGGUCAUGCAGGGCGUCAAGUUACCUAUAUUUACCUAUAUUUUCAUAUAUAUUAGCUCUCUACCUAUAAUAACCUAUAAAAUCCUAUAUUUUGCCAAAAUACCUAUAAAUACCUAUAAUCUGGAAAUUUUGUGGUAAGCAAGGAAUACAAAGGUCAUUCAGACCAUUAAAAAAGAAGUAAUUCUAUGAUAAUUUAGUUUAUAAAUAUGCUGUUACCUUUUAGGCAUUGAAAUUUGUAUUCCUUUCAGGUGUAGCGAUCCUGCCCAGCCCAGCUUUAGGAAAGCUUUAAGUAAUGGAAGUUCUUUUUGUACCCCCCGACAACAAAGUUGUAAGGGGGGGUAUACUGGUUUCAGGUUGUCUGCCUGUCUGUCUGUCCGUCUGGCCGUCUGUCCGUAGACGCAAUCUUGUGCGCACCAUCUCUCCUUAUCCCCUUGACAGAAUUUAAUGAAACUUCACACAAGUGAUCAGUACCAACAGUAGUUGUGCAUGGGGCAUGUUAGGUUCUUUUAGAAAAAAAAUUGGCAGAGUUAUGGGACUUUGUUUUUUUGUGACUAUACUAUAUACAUAGACACAAUCUUGUGCACACCAUCUCUCCUCAUCCCCUUGACACAAUUUAAUGAAACUUCACACAAGUGAUCAGUACCAACAGUAGUUGUGCAUUGGGCAUGUUAGGUUCUUUUAGAAAAAAUUUUUGCAGAGUUAUGGGACUUUGUUUUUUUGUUACAAUACUUAAUAUACAUAGACACAAUCUUGUGCGCACCAUCUCUCCUUAUCCCCUUGACACAAUUUAAUGAAACUUCACACAAGUGAUCAGUAACAACAGUAGUUGUGCAUGGGGCAUGUUAGGUUCUUUUAAAAAAAAAAAUUGCAGAGUUAUGGGACUUUGUUUUUUUGUUACUAUACUAUAUACAUAGACACAAUCUUGUGCACACCAUCUCUCCUCAUCCCCUUGACACAAUUUAAUGAAACUUCACACAAGUGAUCAGUAUCAACAGUAGUUGUGCAUGGGGCAUGUUAGGUUCUUUUAGAAAAAAAAAUUGCAGAGUUAUGGGACUUUGUUUUUUUGUUACUAUACUAUAUACAUAGACACAAUCUUGUGCGCACCAUCUCUCCUCAUCCCCUUGACACAAUUUAAUGAAACUUCCCACAAGUGAUCAGUAACAACAGUAGUUGUGCAUGGGACAUGUUAGGUUCUUUCAGAAAAAAAAUUUGCAGAGUUAUGGGACUUUGUUGUUUGUUACUAUUCUAUAUACAUAGACACAAUCUUGUGCGCACCAUCUCUCCUCAUCCCCUUGACACAAUUCAAUGAAACUUCACACUAGUGAUCAGUACCAACAGCAGUUGUGCAUGGGGCAUGUUAGGUUCUUUCAGUGACAAAAAUUGCAGAGUUAUGGGACUUUGUUUCUUGUUAACAUACUAUGUACAUACAGUCUGCAUAUGCAAUCUUGUGUAUGCCUAAUCUACCAAACUCUUGCACACAAUUUAAUGAAACUCCACACAAGUAAUCAGUACCAACUCUAGUUGUGCAUGGUGCAUGUUACAUUCUUUUAGAUAAAUAUUCUGCAUAGUUAUGGGACUUUGUUGUUUGUUACUAUACUGUAUACAUACAGUCUAUAUACAUACAGUCCACAUAAUUAUGCAAUCUUGUGUGCGUCAAAUUGCAAUGUACUGUGUCAGUGCAUGCGGGGGGUACAUUCAUCACCUUUAGUGAUAGUUCUAGUUUCAAUUGGAAUAUUUUCCAUUUCUUAAAGCUUUCAUGUAUAAAAAUGUGAAUAGGAAAUGCACAUGUUUUUAUUUUGUUUUCAGAAUAAACAAGCCUUAAUGUUUCAUAAUUAAGCCUCAUAAUGCCUGCUAAUAAGAGUCAGUUUCGAGAUAGGUGGCUAGAUUAAUAUCAGAAGUAGAUGGCAAUGGACAUGAACUGAAAUUAUGGUGUGUGAGGACUUGAGUAUUGUUAAUCAGCUUAGUGAUGAAGAUAUUGUCUUGGGAGAAGCACGACAGGAAAUAUCAAACAUGAAAUCAUCGGCAGCUCAGCACAAAAAAAUCCUUGGAAUUCGAGCAUUCUUCACCUCAGUAUCAAAAUACUUGGUCACUCGACUUCCUUUCCAGAACAAACUUAUAAAGUCAUUAGGUUGCCAGUCUCCAGUCAGAAGAUUUGAAAAAGACUCUGUAAUUGAUGCUGAAAUUUUGUCAAGGGAGAUGCAUUUUGAUGAAAAUAUGACUGUUAAUAUUGUGGAUGAAUGGAAGGUAUAUCAAACAGAAGAUGAUUUGAAAGAAGAAGAUAGAAUUGACCAUUAUUGGAGACAAGUGUUUGUGAAGAAGCUUGAUAGUGGGCAGCUCAAGUACAGAUUUUUACCCCAACUUGUCAAGAAAGCUCUGGUAUUACCACAUGGAAAUUCAGAGGUUGAGAGAAGUUAGUCAGUGAACACUAGAGUAGUGACUAAGGACAGAGUUGCCUUGGGUGAGAAAACUGUUACUGCCAUCAGAACUUUGAAGGACAUAGUUAAGUUCAGUGAUCCUGUAGAUGAGCAACCUCACAAAAUACCAUUAAACAGUGAAAUACUUCUGGCAGCAAAAAUGGCCCAUAACAAGUAUAAACAGAGGAUUGAGACAGAAAAAGAAGAAAGAGAGAAAAAGAAACAGGAGAGAGAGAAAGAAAGGCUUGAAAAGAAAAGACUGGAAGAACUUGCAACAGAAGAGAAGAAUAAGACCUCCUCCCUGCUUGAAAAAGAAAAAGCACUGCUUAAAAAAGAAAUGGAGAUUCAGACAAGGUUGACUGUAGCAGAGGAACUGUUAAAAGAUGGGAACAAAAAGCUUUCUAAAGCUGUUGAAAGUAGUGACAUGAAAGGUGCUUCUGUAGCACAAAUGAUGAUAGCAACAGCCACAUCAAAGAUAGAGGGUAUAAGAAAGGAAAUGGACAGGGUACAUGAAAACCAAAGGGAAGUUGAGCAGCAAAAGAGACAGUUACUGGUUAACAGACUAAAUAAGUGCAGUUCUAAAUCAUCAAGCAAAGGAAAGAAACAAGAAUCAGCCAUAUCAAGUUCCAAAAGCUCUGCCACUGCUUCAACAAGAACUUCAAAAUCUGAACCAGACAAGCAAGCUGCCUCUUCUUCCAAGUCAAGUCAUUCAUCAGAAAAGCAUUCAUCCAAGAGAAAGAAUGAAGAUAAAGAAACAGAUGCCAAGAAAUUCAAGAAGGUCUAAUGUAACAAUAUUAUAGGACCCUGGGUCAAGGGACUGCAUGUGUUAUCAUGUUUACAGAGAUCAUGGUAUUCAUAAGUAUGAAACUGUUGUAAUUUUGUUCUGUAGAUGGUUUGAUUAUAAUUGUUUUCUUUUUCAUUCAUGUACAAAUGCAGGCCCAGCACAAUAUUUUAUACUUGUAUUAACAAUGUACUGAUAUAUGUUGUUAGCAAUAUAUGGCUUGGUUUGCCUAAUUCUCUGUUAAACUGAUUUGAGUACCAGUAUUGGUAAAGUUUUGUCUGUUGGUGAAUUAAUAGUUUAUUAUGACAGUAAGAUAUAUGUUAAAAUGUUACUUGUUUAAAAUCAUAAAAGUAGCCACUUUUUCUGUUCCUUUGUAUUUUAUGUUUAAUAAAAGAGAGUGCUGGUAGGUGGUGGAGGAGGAUAAAACAAUUGUCUGAUUUGUUUUCUUCAUUAUAAGCAACCUAUAUAAUCCUAUAUUUCUGGCCCCCCAAAUACCUAUAUUUCAGGAUCCUACCUAUAUUUUUGACUCCCAAAAGCACUUGACGCCCUGGUCAUGUUGGGUCAAAAACUAGGUCACCUGGUCAAAUCAAAGAAAUACCUUGCCUAUGCAAAAGGGGUCACAUUUUAAGCAUGAUAUUCAUUAAAUUUGAUUAAGCUGUUCUCAUGUGAGAAAUGUUCUCAUGUGAGCGACCUAGGACCAUUUGGUCCUCUUGUAUAUAUUAGAAAUUUACAAAUAUCUAGUGACUGAUGACAUUUGUCAUAGCAAUGACAUGUGUGAAAAAGCAUUUGAGAAAUCAUAAUUUCAAAUAUAAUAAUGUGAUUUCAAAUUCUGAAUUUAUAAUAUUGAUAGCUCAAAAUGAUGUAUUUUAGGAAACACAUAUACUCAUACUUGUUUAAUAUCAAAAUUUAUUUUAUACCUAUGUAAAUUUUGUCAAAAAUACAGCUAGUAUUUAACAAGUAAAUAUGAACAGGCAGAAAAAAUUCUGUAUUGUACCUCUGGUAUUGUAUGUUGCGGGACUACUUUCAUUUAAUAAAUAUGCAUGACUUGAAACAGUCUAUAAAAAGCGUACACAGAACUACACACAAUUCUAUUUCAUCAUCGAUAAAUAUUGACUUUGUUCAAUAAUAAAACAAAAAACUAAACAUAGGUGGUACAAAAUAAAAGAGUCAUUAUAACAGUAGCUAUAUCUGGGAUUUUGUAUUCAGUUGUCGUAGGCUUUUUCAGGUCUGAUUAAAUUAGCGAGCCGAAUACAGCAUCCCAGAUCAAGCUACUGCUAUAAUUACCCUUCUAGUAUAUAUUACCAAUAAAUUCUUCAUGAUGCAAAGCUGUACAAAAAUGUAUUCUUUUAAAAAGGUUUAAUUUAAAUGAUAUAUAACAGUUUGCAAUUGCUAACCUAUACACUAUGUUCUAUUUUGUUCAUGUAGUUCCUCUAUUCUAAUCUCAAAAUUUGCAGUGUAUUCUUGUUAGUUUUAGAUUAUGCCUGUAUGUUAAAAGAGGAACAAACCUUUUGCACAUCCUUUAAAUUUUGAUAAUGAAAAUUUACAUGUGUGCAUAGCAAAAUGUAGUUGUUAGGUAUUUUGGCUGUAUGUGUAAUACAGCAUUUUUAUAUGAGAAUUUUAUGUGUGUUAAAAGAACAAUUUUAUAUUAAUCUAUUCUGUUGAAUCCUAAUUUUUUAGAAAUCCGUUCUAUUCAGGGUCUUAUUGUUUUUUACAAUGUUUUUUAUAACAGGAUGCUUAUUCUCGGUUCUAGAUGUAAAUGGAUGUUUAGCCGUCUCCCUAGGGGUUGUUGUAAGGUACUCCAGUUUUUGUAAGCAGAAUUCAUAUUUUGAUUACUUUGAUGCUGUAUUUGUUAAUUUAUUUAAUAAAAGUGUUUAGCAAGAGUCA